AUGGCUUCCACUCUUGCUAUCGGUCUCGGUAUUGCAACCACGGCCUUUUUGGGCCGCGCGGGUCUUGUCGCCUUCCGCCGCUACAGGGGCGGCGUCAACAGCAUGGGCAAGGCUUUUUACAAGGGAGGAUUUGAACCCCGGAUGAACCGCCGCGAAGCCGCCUUGAUCCUGGAGCUCCCGGAACGCACGCUCAACAAGGAAAAGGUCCGCAAGAAGCACCGUCAGCUCAUGCUCCUCAACCACCCCGAUCGCGGUGGGAGCCCGUACCUGGCGACCAAAAUCAACGAAGCCAAGGAAUUCCUCGACAAGCAUACUUGA